UAGCAGAGAUGCAAAACUCGAGGAUCCCACCGUUUACUGAAUCGAAGAGAAAGAAGAUUCAUAACCCAAACCAGCAUCCCUUGCCAUCACGAAUCUCGAAAAAGGCUUCAACGAGGAUCAAACCGUCCCAUCAGCCUGAGAUGUUUAGUUCAGAUUCGUCCGAGUAUAGAGCACUGAGGCGGAACUAUUUGCUGCUGGAGGAAGAAAGCUUCGCGUUGGAGAGAGAGUUGAAGGAAGUCGAAGUCGAGGUUAAAGCACUUGAAGAUGAGAAAGUUGAGCUUUUGGACAAACUUGUUGUAAUGGAAGGUUUAGUUGAUCCUUGAUCGGUUUAACCUAGCUCAUUCAUGUGUAGUUUAUGUACAAUCCAAACUCUAUAUCUUUUGGACAAACCCGUUGUAAUGGAAGGUUUAGUUGAUCAGUCAUGCUUAAGCAAAGCUA